ACGCUCCGCGAGGGACUGGAGCUUCCGGUGCUCAAGCUAUAGUGGGCCGGCUAGAGAUGGAGAAGCCUGGGGGAAGGUGAUUUUUCUCUCCCGUUCCCUCGCUUCGGGUCACACCCGCGUUGUCUGUGGUGCAGCGGCCGAGGCUCUUGCUCUGGGGCGCGACUGAGGGGGCGUCGACUCCCGCCCGGCUUUCUCCCCACUUUGGGUGGCAGAAAAGUCAGAUGAAGUCAAAAGAACGAUAGUACUGUAUUGUAGAACCAGAAACUGUCAUUGCUCACUUGCCUGGUGGUUUGGCAGAGCAUUAAGAUGUCUGUGGACAUGAACAGCCAGGGUUCUGACAGCAAUGAAGAGGACUAUGAUCCAAACUGUGAUGAGGAAGAAGAUGAAGAUCCUGGGGACAUUGAGGGUUACUAUGAAGGGGUUGCAAAUGAUGUGGAGCAGCAAGGAGCAGACUCCUUUGAUCCAGAGGAAUAUCAGUUUACCUGCCUGACUUACAAGGAGUCAGAGAGUACCCUGAAUGAGCACAUGGUCCGCUUGGCCUCUGCAUUAAAGGUAUCUCAUGCAGUAGCUAAACUUGUAUUAGUUAGCUUCCAUUGGCAAAUCUCAGAAAUUUUGGAAAGGCACACAUCUAAUUCAGUUCAAUUGCUAGUGGAAGCAAGGGUUCAGCCUGCCUCAUUCAAACAUGCCAUGGUACAUUCCUCCCAGCACUGUGCAGUAUGCAUGCAGUUGGUUCGAAAGGAAAACCUGUUAUCUCUAGCUUGUCAGCAUCAGUUUUGCCGCAGCUGUUGGGAACAGCAUUGUACCGUACUUGUCAAGGAUGGAGUGGGGGUCGGUGUCUCCUGCAUGGCUCAAGAUUGUUUGCUUCGGACUCCAGAAGAUUUUGUGUUUCCAUUGCUACCUAGUGAGGAGCUGAAAGAUAAAUACAGACGCUACCUCUUCAGGGACUACAUUGAGAGCCAUUUCCAGCUGCAGCUCUGUCCUGGCGCUGACUGUCCUAUGGUCAUACAGGUACAGGAGCCCAAAGCCCGCCGAGUGCAGUGCAAUCGCUGUAAUGAGGUUUUCUGUUUCAAAUGUCGGCAGAUGUACCACGCUCCUACAGAUUGUGCUACCAUCCGAAAAUGGCUCACUAAGUGUGCAGAUGACUCUGAAACAGCUAACUAUAUCAGCGCUCACACUAAAGAUUGUCCCAAGUGCAAUAUCUGUAUUGAAAAGAAUGGUGGCUGCAAUCACAUGCAAUGUUCCAAAUGCAAGCACGACUUUUGUUGGAUGUGUCUAGGGGACUGGAAGACUCAUGGCAGCGAAUACUAUGAAUGCAGUCGGUACAAAGAGAAUCCUGAUAUUGUAAACCAGAGUCAGCAAGCACAGGCCAGGGAGGCCCUCAAGAAGUACUUGUUCUAUUUUGAGAGGUGGGAAAACCACAACAAGAGUUUACAGUUGGAGGCGCAGACGUACCAGAGAAUUCAAGAAAAGAUCCAAGAGAGAGUGAUGAACAACUUGGGAACGUGGAUAGACUGGCAGUAUCUACAGAAUGCAGCUAAACUACUAGCCAAGUGUCGUUAUACACUACAGUAUACGUAUCCAUACGCCUACUACAUGGAAUCUGGUCCCAGGAAGAAAUUGUUUGAAUACCAACAGGCUCAACUUGAAGCAGAGAUUGAAAAUCUCUCAUGGAAGGUGGAAAGAGCAGACAGUUAUGACAGAGGAGAUCUGGAGAAUCAGAUGCACAUUGCUGAGCAGAGGAGGAGGACUCUGCUGAAAGAUUUCCAUGACACCUAAGACCACAGGAGCUAUCAGGGCACAGAGCUGAGAGCAAAGUAGCAAGAUGGCAGUGCAAGCAACGAGCAACGAGAGGAGUGAUAAGAGGAACUGGCCACUGCUUUUCCAUAAAACAGGGCUGAGGGCAUCCCUGCACCCUCCCCUCGCACACCAGACACGAGCUAGCACCACCGCUUAGUCUUCUCUUUUUCUUCUGUUUUCCACUUUUUCAUUUUUGGCAGGUAGAGGCUGAAAUUCAGUUGGCAUCUUUUCCUGGGACGUUUUCUUCCCCUGCUCUUGGAUGGUUUUGGAAUGGAGUUUGUUUUAUUUUUUCCCCCUCCUGAAUGGCUGUUAAUAGUAUUAGAUCAUUACAAACUUCUGUUAAUUUUCAACAGUUGUACAAUUAUACAAAAUGAACCCCUGAACAACACAACCCCCUUUUUAAAAAUAAAUCAGAACUGGAGUGUUUCCUUUUUAAUAAGCUGUUUGUAAACUUAAUGGCUGCUUCUCUUUCCCCAUCCCCAAACUCACUUUGCACUGAAGGUUGUGAAAUAGUCCAGCUGUUGGUUUAUUUUCACCUCUUAUGUGCACUUUCUUUAUUGCUUGUCCUGUGAGUGCAUGAGAUGAACAGUGCCUGGGCCAAGCAGAAUCAGCAGUAGCCGAAGGUCAGCAUAAUAGUGGAAAGGUUCUCCUCUUCUUCUCUGGCUGGGCUAGAGCAAUAGGGCAGAGCUCGAGGCAGCAUGGGAAAUGUUCUAGUCCAUCAAGAUGAAGUUGUCUCCUGCAUGGAUUUAUUGCUUUGUUUUGUUUCUCUGGGCUGCUACCUACUGCCAGAUUUAAAAUACUUGGAGGAGUUCAGGGAGCAUAACCUUGCUUCUUGGCAGCAUAACAGUGUACAGUUGUUUUGUUUAGGGCAGUAGACCAAGCCAUGUUUGGGCCAUAACUUGCAUAUCUGUGCAACUCAGUCAUGCACAGUCUGAUUCUUUGUGUGGCUAUAAGAUGAUACAUCAAAGCUGAUGUCUACUACCAUAACAAAAUCAGACUUUCCUACUGUGUCAGGGGAAAGCUAAUUCAUGAUAAAGUCACACCAGCAAAAGUCAGAUCCUUAUAAAUAUAUCCCAUUGCUAAACAUCCACCCCUGUUCUAGAAACUGUUCUACUGCUAGCUGAAAAGUAACCAAAAAUAUUGGGAAUAGUCCAUAACUACUGUUAAGAUUCAUAGGUGGCUGCUUAUUGGCAGAGGUUUAUUAACUCUUGAAAUAUGUAUUAAUGUCAACACUUCAUAUUAGAGGUCAGCUUUUAAAAAUGUGUAAAAAUAGCUGUAUAAAAUAUAUAAAGAACAUACUUGGUUAUGUUGAUAAUCUACUUAGAAAAGGAAGAUGGAGCCGCUGUUUCCUGAAGUUGCUCCGACUGAUGGCUUGAAAUGAGAAUUUCCUUGCAACCAUGUUUACAAGAGCAUGUGGCACUGAGAUUUUCUAGGUGCAUUGCUUGUGACCUUUGGGGUUUGGAUUAGAAAGCUUUACCAGAAUCAUCAUUUUCUGCUUAUGACACCUGCUUUUCUGGCCUUUCAAUGAAAACUAUUUUAUUAGCGUUUUAGAUUUUGUCCUAGCUAUUGAAGGUCAUCAGCUAUGUCGUCAUCUUCCCUUUCAGCUGCUGCUGCCGCUACUACCUCAGGCACUCCAAGGAAACUGAAAAACCCGCCUCCUGCUUGUUUUCUAGACCCCAAGUCCUAAUAUGACUUCUCUGCUCCCAGUUAACCUCAGAUUAAGCAAGUGGGUGGGAGAAGUAAAAGCUAGCUUGAGAAGCAGAGAGAAACUGAGCUGUACCCAGAUACACAUCUGUUCUUUGUAGUUUCUUGUUCCAUCUGACCUUUCCCCUUGCCCAUUCCACUGGACUCUUGUAGCAUAUAUGGCAUGAUGACCUCAGCAGGCCUCUCUUUUAAUCCAUAUCUCUGUCAAAAACAGAGAUCAUGCUUGUUUUUCUGACUUAGAUGUUUUAAUUUCUCUGCAUGAAGUCCACUUCUGGGCUUUGAAACUUAGAAACAGACAAAACCUUUUAGCAAAUGGAAAAUGUUCAGUGUGUGUGUGUGAGACACUGCUUACUACAGAAUCUGUUUGCGUUCAUUCUGUUCAGCGCUAGCACAAAAUUAUUGCCACCUUCACAGGGAAAGUUGCUGACUUCCUAGCUUUCUCUGUAAUGCUGACCUGACCUUGCUUGCUUACAGAAAGUUCAGACUUUGAGGGAGGUGAGCAUCUUUUUAUCUUGAAACUUUAAAGUUUAGACUGAGCUGUUUUGGUCAUGAAAUUAACUAAGUUAAAGCAUACACACCUUUCUUGUUCAGAAUUAUCCAGUGCAAAAGAGUGAUGUCACUUGCUACAACUGGCAAAUACUUGCAGCUGGUUGAAUUUAUGGUAGCACAAUCACAACUUGCCAUGGCAUAGUGUUCCUAUCUUAGAUCCAAUCUCACAUUGUGUAUUAAGAUGUGGUAUAUAAUUGUCACAUCACCUAAUGCAACAUAUUGAGGACAGGCUUCUGCUUGCUUAGGAGAAUAUUCUCGCCUUCUGGUCCCUGUGUAGGCCCUAUGCAUCCUCCAGGCUUUGUGGGGAGAUGGCUGCAGAGAGAGGAGGAAUCUGCUCAGCUGAGAGGUAAGAGACACAAUUAGGUUUACCACACAGCUGCUCCUAAAUUUGGAAUCAACAGAUUCAUCCCAGAGUUGAGAGAUCAGUGGAUUCCCUACCUCUUUUUCUUAUCUUCCGUGUUCUAGAACAGCACAAUGAUUGGGUGCUAUCUAAAAGUUUUUAUCAUUGGCAAAAAACAGCCUUUCCUCUAGAAAUAUAUUCUCUUCACUCAAUAAAAAGAUAACAUUUUGCAAAGUGAGCCUACAAUAAAAACGUUAUUUCCUCCUCUUAGAAAAUUUCAUUUUGUGAUGGAAUGGACUAUAAUUAAAGGCAUCUAAGCCAAGUAUUUAGGUAGGCACUGCUUUUCCCUCACUGCGGGUUACCAUCCUAUUACUAGGAGCUUUUGUCUUCCUCUUGUUCCACCAGGCUUAGCCUAAGCCAACCUGGCAGCUAUUUUCAUCCUUCACUCUGCAUGUUAGACCGUUGGUUUGGCUUACCUUUGAUUGCAAUGUUUAUUUCAUUUAGUUGGGCUUACUUUUAAAAUUCCCUUUUGUGAAUUGCCUUCCUUCUUUGUAAGAGAGAGGUACAGAAAGCUAAGGCAAAUAACCAACUCCUGAUAGUAAACACCGAAGGUAGGUAGGUAAUAUCCAGUUCUCCUGUCCAGUAGAAUUCUGUAUACGUCAAAAGCUUUCAUACAGACAGCAGUAGAGACUGUGCAGAUAAGGGAGAAAUUCUGUAACCAGUUUUAUGCUUGUACUCUUCUAGCAUUCAUUCUGUAGCAGUAAUCACAACUGUUCUUUUAACACCUAAUGCCAUGCUAGUGUUACAGGAAGAACUGAAGACUUUCCAUUACUGUACUGUCUUGAUUCAUUUAAACCUGUGUUUCUGUUUUCCAAAAUUCAACUUCACUUUAGUAACUUUUUGUAGAAAAACUCUUAUGUGCUCGCUCAAGUCUGGACUGUUCCAAAUUUUUCAGGUAGUAGCUUCUGCUAUGGAAGCUUUUUUUUAUUACGCAGAGUGCUACAUUAUCAUGGCUGCCUUUGCUCUGUCCCUCACUGAGAUAUGGGGGAAAGCAAUCUCAAGAAACUGCCAACACUUUUCCGGCAUUAGGAGGGGAAGAGGGCAAAGGAAAGAGCCCUUUAAAUUUUCCCCUCCUGAAAUUGUUUAUUUGAAAUAAAUUGUGAAUUUCUAAUUUUAA